UAAAACACAAAAUGAUGCUACCAGUGAUUCAGAUAUAAUGAUAGAUAAUAAUUCAGAAAUUCUAGAAUUAUUUUCUGAAAAUAUAGAAAUAAUACCACAUGAGAAUACAGUAUAUGAUUAUAAUAACCAGAAUAAUUCUAUUUCAAAGACGCUUCUAUAUGGGUUAGAUGAAGUACAUGAAGUUAUUUUAAAGAAUUUUGAAAUAGAAUCAUUAGAACCUGACAAAUUUAUUUUUGAGAUUGAAUUAGAUCAAAGUCUCCUUACUAUAGUUUCUUUAGACCAAUUAAACUUAGUUAAUACAAAUGAUUUUAAAAUAAUUAAAAGCAAGUUUCACCAACUUGCUAAUACAAUUAUUGUACCUCUUGAGUUAGGUUCUGGUUAUUACUGA